GGCGGAAGGGGCAGGGCCGCGGCGGACAGCCGGCGCCGCCGCGGGGCCCCGACGCCGGCGGCGCCAUGGUGAACCUGGGGCUCCGGCGGGUGGAGGACAGCGUCGCCGCCAAGCACCCGGCGCUGCAGCAGUACGCGGCCUGCCAGUCCCACGCCUUCCUCAAGGGCAUCGGCACCUUCGUGGCAGGCACGGGAGCCGCCUUCGCCCUGCAGAAGCUGCUGAACAAGAAGCUGCCCUACACCCUGCAGUGGAACCUGCUGCUGUCCGCGGUUGCAGGAUCCCUUGCCAGCUAUGUGGUAACCAGAGCUGAGACGCAGAAAUGCUCCGACUUCUGGAUUUUCCUGGAGACAGGCAAGUCCCCACAGGACCGUGCCACGGCUGACAGGAUGUCUCAGCCCCCAGAACAUAUACACAGCCCAGAGGAUGGAGAAACUGUGGCACUACCAGUAAGGAGGAACAAGUAUGGGGAUGUUGUGGAGUAGCCAGUGGAGUGUGCAGCACCAUGCCUGAGUCUUGUUGCAGUUCUGUUUUCAUCCCGUCUUGUCUGCACAACCUGCCGCUGCCUGUGAGACUGGUGGGGGUUGUAGAACUGCCUCCAGGAGUUUGGAUGUUGUGAGAGUAUGGUGGAGGCAAGAUUGCAUUCCAGGUGGCCUCUAUGUGAUCAUCACACAUGAGAUAUGCAAUAAAAGUCCAGAGCUACAA